AUGAAAAUAAAUAAAAUUAUUUUAUUUUUUUUCUUAUCAUGUUUAUAUUUAUUUUCCUCUAGUGUAUCAGCACAACAAUUAUUGGGAGAAAUCGAAAUUACUGAAAAAAGUUUUACAAUCGAUGCAUCUGUUAUUAAUACAAAAAUUAAUUAUUUAAUAGAUAAUACAAUAACAAAACCAAAAUUAUCAGUUACAUCAAUAUUUGGUGAAGCGACAAGUAUUGAUGAUAUUCUUCGAAUAAGUGAUGAUAAAAAGUCUUUAACAUUUGGUGACUAUACAAGUAGUACACUUAGUUCAAGUAAUAAAUUAGUUUCAAAAAUAAAUUUAAAUUCUUUAAUUUUAAUUUCAUUUUCAACAAUAAUCACAUUUGGAUUAUUUACAAAAAACAAUCCAAGAUCUUCAUCAAAACCAUUAUUAUUUAUUGUAUUAUUAAUUUGUAUUAGUAUUUUUAAUUUAUCAAAUUCAAUUAAAAUAUCAGAGGUUUCAGUUCGUAUUGAUAUUAAAGUACCAUCAACAUUUAAAUUUGACUCAUUGAUAUUGACAUUGGGUAGUGGUUCAUCAAUAAUUAAUGGACUAAUUGCAAGUUCAUUAAAGAUUGAUGGUUGUACAACCAAUUCAAAAGAUCAUUCAAUUGAAUUAAAUCAAAUUUCAAUUUCAUCAGAAUUGAAUAUUUGUUCAACCAAAGAAAUUAAUAUCAAUGAAAUUCAAUUAACUUCAACAAAUGUUAAAUUAAAUUUAACGAGUAGUUCAAAUGUGAAUUUAGAUUUUCAUAAUGGUUAUAGUGGUUCAUUUUCAAUAAAUACAAAUGAUUUAACAUUGGAUAGUGCUUGUGAAACCUUUAAAGAUUCAAAUACUGGAAUUAUCAUUGGAACUUGUAAUGGUGGUAGUGAUAAUUCAAAAUUAUCAAUUACAGCAAUCACAGGUAAAACAGUUGUAUCAAAUGCUGAAAUAACAUGUCCCAUUGAUAAUAGUUGGAGAGUUACAGUAGGUGCUGAUAAUGUACCACCAUCACCAUCAAUUAUCACUUCUCAGCCAGCAACUGAUUUCAUAUUUAAAAAAAAUGAUCUUGUUUAUAUGGCUCAAUAUGGUUAUUCAAAUCAAAGUAUUACAGAUGGUCCAGUAGAAAAUUCAUUUAUAGUCUCAUACCCAGCUUAUAUACCUCCAUCAAACUUUUUAGUUAGUAAAAUCAUUGGUUCUCCAACUUUUAAAGCAAAUGUAAAAUAUCAAUUUAGUAUCUCAGUUAAAUUGGGUCAGCCAUUGGGUUCAUUUAAUAGAAUUCAAAAUAUGAGCCUUUAUUUCUUUAAUCCAAGAGAUAUUACUGAUCCUAUUAAUGGUGCAUCUCAAUAUUAUGAAUUGAAAGAUACAAUUCCAUUAUUUGUUCAUACAUUUGAAGGUAAUUUUACAUCAAAUACAGAAUUUGCUUUAACGAAAAUCGAAUUUACACCAACAGUUGAUAUUGGUACAUCAAUUUUUGGCCUAAGAAUUUUCCGUACAGGUUUUACUGGUGGUGAUGUUGUAACAGUAAUAAUUAAAGAUAUGAAAUUUACAAUUUUACCAAAAACAAUUACACAACCAACUCUUCUUAUUAAAGAUUCAGAAUUAGUUAAUCUUCCCAAACCAUCUACUUCUUUUGAUCCACAAGAUUCUUCAACAUGUCCAUAUCUCGCAAAUGAUUUAGUUCAUUGGCAUAAUCCUUCAACUUGGCCAAAUGGUAUCAUUCCAUCACCAUCAUCAAAUAUUACUUUACCAGAAGGUAAAAAAGUUUUAAUUUCACCAUGUUCAAUAUCACAAACUCAAGUUUACAAAUGGAUAAAAGUUCCAUCAACAAGUGAACUUAUUUUCGCUGAUUCUCCAAUGGAUUUCCAUGUUAAAGAUAUUUAUGUUGAGGGUAAGUUUAUAAUGGGUACUACAAAAUGUAGAUAUAAUUCUAAAAUCAAUAUAAUAUUCCAUGGUGAAAAAACAUUAUCAGACACGAUCUCUCAGUAUUAUGGAUCUAAAGGUAUUGGUGUCUCUUCAAGUGGUUUCAUUAGUGUUCAUGCUAAACAAUAUCAUAAUACUUGGAGUAAACUUUCUGCAUCAGCUUGGAGUGGUGAUUAUGUAGUUUAUAUACAAGACAAUGUAAAUUGGGAAGUUGGUCAAAAAGUUGUUGUCAUUACAAGUUAUUAUCAAGAUGAAGAUAAUAAUCAAAAUGAAGUUAUGACUAUUGCCGCAAUUCAAGGAAAAACAAUUCAAUUCACUGAACCAUUAAAAUUCUUUCAUUAUGGUGGUCAAGAAUAUCAAGCUGAAAUUGCACUUUUAACAAGAAGAAUAACAUUCCAAUCAUCUGAUGUAAAUCAAUUUGGUGGUCAUGUUAUGGUAAUGGGUGAAGGUCAAUUUGCUGGUCUUGGUUUAAUUGGUAUGGGUCAAAGAAAUAUUAAAGCAAGAUAUCCACUUCACUAUCAUCUUGGUAAAGUUUUAAAGAAUUCUUAUAUUUCAGAUUGUUCGGUAACUAAUAGUUAUUAUCGUUGUUAUACAAUUCAUGGUACAAAUAAUGUUACUUUAACUAGAAAUGUUGCUUUUGAUGUUAGUGGACAUUGUUAUUAUUUAGAGGAUGGUGUUGAAAUGGAUAAUACAAUUUCAUUUAAUUUAGCUGCAUAUGUUCAUCCAAUUGGUCGUCCCGCUGCUGGUCCUUCUCAAAUUGGUGAAGUUUUUGUUGAAUCUGAUAAUUUAAGACAACCUGCUGAUUGUGCAGCAAGUGGAUAUUAUAUUACAAAUGCUUGGAAUAAAAUUAUUGGUAAUACAGCAUCAGGUGGUUGGGCUGGUUAUGCUUUCCCAAAUUUAGAUAAACCAAUUGGUAAUCAUAGAACAGUUCAAAUGAUACCAAAAGCAUAUUCAACCAAAGUUUUUGAAGGUAAUACUGGUCAUUCAUCAGGUCACUUUUUUAUUACAGGCGCUACAAUCUAUGUUGGAGCAAAUUUAACCUAUAAUGAAGUGGAUGGAUUGUUAUAUUAUGAUAGUGGUAGAUUUGAAAGAUUUACCUAUAAAAAUGGCACUGUUGUAUAUGGUAAUGAAGUUCCAAUGAGAUUUAAUAAUACUAAAAUUUAUCUCUCAAAUUUUGGUAUAGGUCAUUGGGGAGAAUAUGUUGAAGUUGUUUCAUAUGAAAGUCAUGAUAAUAUUCGUUCAGCAUCUAUAUUUGGUGAAGCCUGGCUAUCAAAAGCAAUUGUUAAUGGUAAUUCAAAUAAUAUUGCAAGAUCAAUAAAUUUCAAUAAGCAAGGGUUCCAAUAUUAUGAUACCUAUGUUAAAACUGUACUUUCAAAUAUUAGUUUUAGAAAUUACAUUAGAAAUCCAAAGAGUUUAAAUGAUGAAGAUGAUAAUCGUGCAAUUAUUUCAAUGACCCAUGGUGAUGUUUUCAAACCUCAAGGUAUUUCAACUGCAAGAGCAAUUUCAUUUGUUAAUGUUGCUAAAUCACAAAUUGUAGGUCAUCAAGUUUUACCAACUUCUGGAAGUAGAUAUUUCAAUUUCAUUGAUUGGGAUUCAUCAAUUACUGGAAAGAAACCUGGUCAACCAGCACUCGUUGGUUCACAUGAACUAUGGUAUAAAUUUGAUAACACUUGUGAAUAUAAUUCCGAUUGGACUUGUCAUAUUUGUGAAAAAGGUAAUAAAGAAAUUGCUAAUAUUCAGUUUAUAAUUCCAGGUUUAAUUGAUGAUGGUGUUUUAGUUUAUGAUUCAUUUGAAAAUCUUAAUGUUGGUAACAUUAGUUUAUUUGGAAGUGGUAUCACUGAAAGAAGAAGUACUAUUGUAACAAAAAAUCAAGGUGUAACUGGUGUUAGUAAUAUGGGUUGGUAUCUAUAUUUAAAGGCUGGUAGCCCAAAAUAUAUGAAAAUUUGGUUAUCACAAGUUGUAUAUGGUCAACAUAUAUUUUUAGCUCUUCCUUACCCAACACAAACAACUUUUAUUAUUAAAUCAAAUUACAUUUGGGGUAGUGCAAUUAAUUAUAACCAUGUUUUUUCACUUGCAAGUAGUGCAGCUGAUGUCAGAUCUGGUAAUGGUACAAAAUACUAUUUUGAUGGUAAUUUCCUAUAUGUUAAACUUGUUAAUUUGGUGCUAACGGGUGAUCCAUCAGAAUACUAUGAGAGAGAUGGUGUUAAAGUAUAUUGGGUUAGAAAUAGUUUCUCAGUUUCUAUUGAAGCUACAAAUACUGUUACUCCACCAACAUCUGACGGUUUCUUUAAAAAUCUUCCAGAUAAUUUACCUUCCAGUUCUUUAUAA